AUGAUAACGAGGAUUGUGUUGCUGUCUGUGUGCCUCCAUGCCAUCUCGGCAGCAUUUGAUUACAUCUCCACAGACCCGGAGGAUGUGCUGAGUGUGAGCAUUCCUCUGGAGGAGCCACAGCGCCCUCUACUGGGCUCCUCGUUGGUGCUACCGUGUUACUUUGAGGACCACACGAUCCCAGACCCGGGAGCUCCCACCAUCGCUCCCCUCGCUCAUCGCAUCAAAUGGAGCCUCGUCACCAAAGAAAAUGUCACAACUGUCUUGGUGGCCUUGGGGGGACAGGUGCGCAUCAGCGAGAGCUUCCUGGACAGAGUUCACCUGGUGGGCUACCCCUCGACUUCCACGGACGCUAGCAUCAAGAUAUCCGAGCUGCGGUCCAGUGACACAGGAGUCUACCGCUGUGAUGUCCAGCACGGCAUCGAGGACAGCCACGACACAGUCCAUGUGCAGGUUCAAGGUCUGGUGUUCCACUACCGGGCGAUCAUGGGCCGCUACACUUUGACUUUUGAAAAGGCGAAGGCAGCAUGCGCCCAGAACAGUGCCGUUGUGGCUUCACUCGAACAGCUUCAAGCGGCCUACGAGGAUGGAUUCCACCAGUGUGACGCCGGCUGGCUCUCUGACCACACAGUCAGGUACCCGAUCCAUGAAACUCGUGUGAACUGCUAUGGUGACAAAGAGGAGCUGCCUGGGGUCAGGACAUACGGAGUGAGGAACAUCAAUGAGACUUAUGAUGUCUACUGCUACACUGAGAAGAUGACAGGCAGAGUUUUCUACAAAGCUUCUGCAGGAAAGUUCACCUACUCUGAGGCGGUGUUGGCGUGCUUCAAUCAGCGAGCUCAGUUGGCCACCACUGGUCAGCUCUACAUGGCCUGGCAGGGUGGGAUGGAUGUCUGCAACGCCGGCUGGCUGGGAGACAGGAGCGUCCGCUACCCCAUCAACGUCCGUCGGCCGCAGUGCGGAGGAGGUUUGCUGGGGGUGCGAACUGUUUACCUCCACAGAAACCAGACAGGAUACCCACUUCCGGAGUCCCGCUACGACGCCUUCUGCUACACAGAGUCCCUCGAUGAGGAAGGUUCGGGCAUCAUAGAAGAGGGAAGCGACGUUCUGAGUGUUACCACGGUGACACAGAGCCCAGAGGUGUUCUUCAGGCGGACGACCACAGACAGCGAGGCAGUCGGAGAGCUGGAGACUCAGCGGCCUACCGUUGUGGACUUCCCCUUCACAGAGAGUCCUACCGGGCUGCCACUGCCUCGGCCGCCAAAUGUCACAGAGUUCGUCAUUGACCUGAUAGAAGCAGCCACCGCUCGGCCCGAUAUAGAAAGAGAGCCCAGCAAAGGCUUUGUGAUGUCUCCAACUGGUGUGGUCUUCCAUUAUCGCUCAGGCUCCAGCCGAUAUGCCUUCACCUUCAUUGAGGCCCAGCUGGCCUGCCAGAGUGUUGGCGCCUCUAUCGCCACGCCAGAGCAACUGAAGGCUACAUACAAGGCUGGAUAUCAUCAGUGUGAUGCAGGAUGGUUACUGGACCAGACUGUAAGGUACCCCAUUGUUUUCCCACAAAUGAAGUGUGCUGGAGAUCUGGGGGAUCAACCUGGAGUUUGGUCAUAUGGUUUGAGGCCGGCAGACGAGAGAUACGACGUGUACUGCUACAUUGAUGGGCUCAAAGGUGAGGUUUUCCAUGUGAGCUCCACUGAAGGUUUCACCUAUGAUGAGGCUGCUUCUAGCUGUCAAGAGCACAACGCAGUGCUGGCUUCCACCGGAGAGCUCUACGCAGCCUGGAAGAUAGGUUUUGACAACUGCCACGCUGGCUGGCUUGUGGAUCGUAGCGUCCGCUAUCCCAUCAACAAACCCCGCGCUGACUGUGGAGCUGGGAAACCAGGAGUGCACACUGUGUACUCUCACCCCAACCAGACCAACGUCUCUGAACUUGAUGCCAGAUUUGAUGCAUACUGUUUCAGAGCGGAUUUUGUACUUAUUGCAAAUGAAACUGGACUGAACAUUACAGACAUUCAGGAGGCCCUCCUUAACUUAACAUCAAUCACUGAUUUGUUGAGGCCCGGUGGUCCUUUCAUCGUUUCACCUAUACCUGUGGAGACUUCAGGCUCUGGCUCUGACUCAGGCUCAGCAGACAUCAGCUUAGGGUCUUCGGUCGAUGGUGCCUCUGGGGGUCACUCUGGAGACCUGUCUGGAUCUGGAGACCUGUCUGGUUCUGGAAACACGGGGAUCUCUGGUGAUCUGUCUGGUUCUGGACACCUAUAUGGUUCUGGAGAGUUGUCUGGCUCUGGACAACUGCCUGGUUCUGGAGACUUGUCUGGUUCUGGAGUCUUGUCUGGUUCUGGAGACUUGUCCGGCAGUGCCAUUGCUGAGCUGCCCAGUGGAGAAUCAGGUCUCAGCAGUACAGAUUCUUCUGGAACAGCUCUCAGUGGAGACGGAUCCGGCAUCACCGUUGCAUUUUCGGGCAUUGACAGCAUUUUCUCUGGAGAGGGCUCAGCUUCAGGUGGACUCCAAGAAGCUGGAGAGGGAAGCUCAGGGAUCUUUAUCUUCCCUUCAUCUGAAGUAGGCUCUGGAGAGCUCAGUGGUAGUGGGGACCUGUCUGGAUCUGGAUCUGGAUCUGAUUUCAGCUCUGGGGAGAGUGGCUCUUUCUUAGAUGGCUCAGGCAUGUCGUCCGGUUUCAUCACCGGACAGGACUUUUCUGGGUUAAGUGGGUUCCCAUCCGGAUUCUCCUCUGGAAGUGCUAGUGGACAGUCAGGAGAGCUUUCUGGGGGGGGGGAGGCACAGAUCUUACUGGACGAUCAAGAACUGAUCGAUGGGUCCACCCCUGUUACCCACAAGGAGUAUGAGCUUGGUGGAGGCCUUCUGGCAUUCAGUGGCUCUGGAGACAUUUCCGGAUCUGGGAUUCUCAGCGGCUCUGAAAGUGGUUUUACCCCAUGUGAACCCAACCCCUGCGGUGCUGCUUCAUGCACAGUAGAGGAAGAGGUUGCUCUGUGUAACGAGGUAGAUGUGUGCCAUCCCAACCCAUGUGCCAAUGGAGCCACCUGUGUGGAGAGCGCAGACUCUUACAAAUGCUUAUGCCUGCCCAGCUACGGAGGGGAACGCUGUGAGAUCGACGAGCAGCAGUGUGAAGACGGUUGGACGAAGUUUCAGGGGAACUGCUACCUGCACUUCUCCGACAGGGAGAUGUGGCUGGAGGCCGAGCAGCGCUGCCGGGACCUGAACGCCUACCUGGUCAGCGUAGUCACGCCAGAGGAGCAAGACUUUGUCAACUCAAACGCACAGGACUACCAGUGGAUCGGGUUGAAUGACAAGACUGUGGAGAAUGUUUUCCGCUGGGUAGACGGCACUCCACUGCAAUACGAGAACUGGAGGCCGAACCAGCCGGAUAACUACUUCCACACUGGAGAAGACUGCGUGGUGAUGAUCUGGCAUGAGAGCGGCCAGUGGAACGACGUGCCCUGCAACUACCACCUGCCCUUUACCUGCAAGAAAGGCCCAGUGUCCUGCGGCGCUCCGCCACAGGUGGAGAACGCCCGCGUGUUUGGUAACAAGAGGGAGGAGUUCCCGGUGAACUCCAUCAUCCGGUAUCAGUGCAACUCCGGGUUCAGACAGCGCCACCUGCCGACGGUUCGCUGUAAAGCAGACGGCCAGUGGGAGAAGCCCCAGGUGCAAUGUAUCGACGUGAAAUGCAGACAAAGACUACAUCGGAGGAGCAGCAGGCACCUGACAGCCGGCAGCGAGCUUCACUAGAAAGGAA